UUUCCGUUCUACAACAGAAAGAAAACAAUUCUUUCGUUUUACAACGUGCUUGAGAAUUUGGAAUUUGGAUACGCUUGGCGAGUAAGCUCGCUGCUGGUUUCCUCUUUCAUGGCUACCGAGGCCAUCGUCUCCGGCGUCGUCGCCGACAUGGCCGGCAGGCUCGUGUCCCUCGUCGCCGGCCACCUGCUGGCCGACCGGAGGGGCGUCGACGACAAGCUGCGGAGGGUGCGGCGCCUGGUCGUCAGGAUCGAGAGCGCGGUGGAGGCGGCCGAGGCGAGGCGGAUCACCGGGCGCGCGCUCCUCGCGUGGCUCUCGGACCUCGUCGACGGCGCGCACCAGGGCCGCUACUUCCUCGACGCGUUCCCCGUGGUGGCGGACCACGACGGCGACGGCGACGUCGAGGUGGCGCCGUCGUCGUUCAACCCCGCCAAGCGGCUGCGCGUCGCGGCGAGGAGGCUGGUGUUCCGCGACGGCGGCGGUGUGGCUGCGGAGCUCGACGGCGUCCUUGCCGACCUAGAGAGUGUCUCCGGCGAUCUCACCGGGUUUAUCAUGAUGCUUCAGAGCUGCCCGCCGGCGAUGCACCGGCCGCUGGCCACGAACAUCUACGCGGACAGCCAGAUGUUCGGCCGGCAGGUCCAGAGGCGCCGCGUCUUCGACUUCUUGCUGCAAGACGGCGACGGCGAUGACGGCGGCGAGCCGGCGGCGGCGGAGCUCGGCGUCCUCUCGAUCAUCGGCCGUUCCGGCCUCGGGAAGACCACGCUCGUGCAGCACGUCUGCGACGACCCCGCCGUGCGCCGCCGCUUCUCGCGGAUCAUCCUGGUGGACUUCCACUGCGUGAGCCUCAUGGCGGCCGGCGAGACGACUGCUCUACUGCGCUCCCUGUUCGCCGCCGCCGCCGCCGCCGCUGGCACGGGGAGCACUAGCAUCUCCGGCGUCGGCGAGAAGCUGAGACUUCUCGAGAAGAAUCUGCGCGGCGAGAGGCUGCUCAUCGUGUUCGACAACGUCGACGCGCGGAGGAGGCCGGCGGUCGACGCGAUCAUGCGGGCGCUGCGGCGCGGCGGCCGGCGAGGGAGCAAGGUCAUCGUGACGAGCAGCGACGCCAGGCACGUCGCGGGCCUCGCCACCGCGGCGGACACCAUCACCCUCCGCCCCCCGCCGCCAGCGGAGUACUGGCUCUUCUUCAAGGCGCACGCGUUCGGCGGCGCGGACGACGCCGACGCCGACCGGCGGCUGGCGGCGGCGGGGCAAGCCAUCGCCGAGAGGCUCCGCCUGCGCGCGUCCUACUUCGGCGGGAAGGCGCUGGGCGCCCUCCUCCGGUGGCGCCCCGACCACCGGCUCUGGCGCAGGGUGCUGAGCAGCGGCGCCGCAGACCUGCCAUGCCUCGGCACCGGCGACUACAUCGCCGCGGCGGCCGGCUGCCUGUUCCCGCCGCACCUGAACCUCCACGGCGUCACCGUCUCCCGCUCGCCGCUGAGAGGUCUCGUCGGCCUCCAUGGCUCCUCCUUGAUGACUCCUCCUCCCACCGACUCCGGCCGCCGCUCGCCGGAGUUGCCCGUGUUGCUGUGCAAGUCAGUCUUCCCUUCCUACUGCCUCUACUACGCCGCGCAUUGCACCAUCGAUGAUACGGAAAUCAAACAGUAAUUUUCUUUUUUUUUUCUGCACGGAUACUGCAAAAAAAAUUGUGCACUGUUCGUGGAUAGUGAUCUGAGUUGUAGUGAUCUGAAGAAAACCAGGCGGCUGCUGCUUGUUGUCACUUGCAUUGAUUCAGCUUGUUGAUAGCGUCUCAAAUCGUCCAGUGAUUUCUUUUACAUAUAGAAAAGUGUAAGAUGAGAAGAUGAGAUGAUGGCAGGAGAGGAGGAAAUGGUUUUCCAUUCCUCCUGAGGUGUUCCCAAAUU